CUAAACCUAAAGUGUAAUCUGUUAAAAUUGAUAAAACAAGUUUACCACGCAAACAAUGGAUAUGUCAGUUAAUACCCAAAGGGAUUUAAACGAAAUAGUUUUUGAAACAAAACUUGAAUCGAGAUACAUUAAUUCUGUUUUUCAGUAUAUACUAUUUAAAUGUGAUACAAGAUGGCGUUUAUUUUUCUUUAUAGAACAAAACAAAUUAACUUAUGGUACAUUGCCGUAUCUAACAAACAAAAUGGAGCGGCAGAUAAUCAUUACCGAAACUCAUAUAAAGAAAGAGUCACAAGAACAUAUUGUGAAAUGUUACGCUGAAGAAAGGCAGCUGCUUAUUGUUGUUCUUUCAGGAGACGCUAUUCUUGUUACAGAUAGUGAAAUAUUUAAUAUAUUGUUAAACAAAAUAAAACGAAACAUUGCUGAGGGUCAACAACUCAUGAGACACAUGGAUACUGACAUUUUUCUAGCAACGUUUCCUUUUCAUAUAAAUCAUGAUAAAAAAUCAAAUAAAAACAACACCAAAAGAAAUGACAACGUAUCAACAGGUGCGUCUUCAAAACUAAGGCCUCUUACUCCUCGGCGUCCUCACUCAACAACCUUCAUUGAACCAGAUAAGCGUGACAUUUUUGAUGAGGAUAUAUCUGUGUCCACGAUACCAACUGACAAAAACGUAUACAAAAAUAAAUUACAUUCUCCUAACUCAAGACAUUUAACUGAGGGAGACAAAUUUCCUAUUCAAGCAGUGGAGAUUGAUGCAGGCAUGUUAUCAUUUGAACCAUAUCCCGGACAAACAUCUACAAUACUAUCGACUACAAGAGAAUCUGAACCAAGUCAAAGAGGUUUAUCAAACCCAGGGAACAGCAAUACUUUGAUGAGACAAGCAACGGUGCAAAGAAGUAUGGUAACCUCUGGUUCUGGAAUUCCAUUUCAUUUAAAACCAUCUAGAUAUGCAGAUUAUCAAGAUCAGAAGAAGAGAUAUGACUCAUUCCAAACUCCGAAAUGGUUGACUGAUAGCAAACCUGAUAUUAAUCUCCUAGUAGGAUGUGGAUUUUUCUUUACAGGAAAUAAUGACCUUGUAAGAUGCUAUCAUUGUGGUAUUGGAUUAAAAGACUGGAUUAAAGAUGACGAUCCCCUUGCUGAGCACGUAAAAUAUUCAUCAACGUGUGAUUUCCUCAUUUGGAGAUAUGGAAAACCCAAAGUAGAAAGAAUGAAGGCGGCACUGACAACUGAAAGUAGCAAUGAAGGAGAAUCCAGACCACCAGCACCACCAAGCUACCCAAUCAGAUCACCACGUUAUCAGACAAUGGAAGCAAGACUUGCAUCAUUUGAAAACUUUCCUAGCGCCAACAACAUACCUCAUCAACAACUUGCUGUUGCGGGUUUAUUCUUCACUGGACAAGGUGAUCUGUGCCGCUGCUUUACAUGUGAUGGUGGUUUAAAGGACUGGAGCCCUGGAGAUGACCCUAUCAAAGAGCAUGCUACGUACUUUUCAAACUGUCAUUAUAUAAACAAAUUGAAAGGACAUGAGUAUGUUCAAUUGCAGCAACAAAGUCGAUCAAGCAACGAAGCAGCAAUGGGUGCUGAAGGAGGCAACAAUACACACAAUACACCACAUCAGGCCACCGAAACGUCACCAAACCUUCCAAUAGAGAGAAUGUCUCUUCAAGAUUCGAAUUUAGAUAUGAGUCAAGUUGUUCAAAAUCUCGGAUAUUCAGAAAUGGAAUUCAUUUUAGCAAAAUCAGAAAUAGAAAAGAAGAAAGGUAGGGUUGUUAUCACUGUUGAAGAAAUAAUAAACACAUUACUUGAUAUGAAGGAUAGGGCAAAACAGUUGAAAGCUGGUGCCACUAGCACCCAGGAAAAUAAAACUGAUUUGAAAUCAAUGGUGGAGGAAAACAAGAAAUUGACCCGGCUGAUGUACUGCAUGUUGUGUGUUACUGGAGAGGCGGAUAUUUUGUUUAUGCCGUGUACACAUCAUCGGACUUGUCAUGAAUGCGCAGCAGAUCUUACUAUCUGUCCUGUCUGUAACUGUUUUAUAGAGGAAAAGAUUAAAACCUUCAGGGCUUAAUGAAUUUAAACAUAAAAAGUUAAAAGACACGAUAUGUGUUUUUUUUUUCGAUAGUCAUGAUUUAGUUAUCAGUAGAUGCAAGAUGUCAAUAAACAUGAAGAUUUAAGCUUUAUACACGACAUUCUAAAUAUUAUCCUUUACACUGUUUCUUUGUCAAAAUAGACACAUUUGAAAACAUUCAGUGAAAAAGUAAGAUUUUGAUUUACAAAGAAGAAAGAUUAGAUGAUACGUGUGCAAUAAGAGGGUUUGAUAAAAAUGAAUGUUUGGCGAGUUAAAGAGCUUUUAAACGUAUGAAUAUAUAAACAGUGAUCGGAAAUAAAGCUUAAGAGAUAAUUAUGAAAAAAGGGGAAAGAGAAAAUUACUCACAUAAGUCACCAAGAUUAAUAACAUAGCAGGAAACACAGGAAAAUACCAACAGAAACUUAGUUUUUCAAAGUGACAUAUUGUUAUACUUGCAAACAUCUCCCGUUGCUUAUAUCGAAUAAAGUACUAUAGUAAACAAAAACAAUGCAUGUAAAUGUAACAUAAGUUUAGUGUCUUUGGACUGUCAAGUGGAGUUUCUGGCUUCAAUCGUAUAAAUAUGUCACGAGUUAAUACACCAGCAAGGCCAUAUUCAGAAACGGGGUAACAUUAACGGGAAGUGGAAACAGUUAAGAUGUUUUUAAAACAAAGGUAUUAGAACUUUGGAUAAUGGAGAAUCUGAAGAAAGGUAUUUGAUGAUAAGCUUAACAACUAGAGUAGAAAAGGACGACAAACCCUCAUAAAAACAGUCUGUGAGAUAAUUUUAACUUCCACUCUUUGGAUGAAGACAGUGUACUUAAUAAAGUAUCGAGUUCGAAGGAAGAAACUGAAAUGCUCACAAUAUGUAUACGUGAAUGCAAACUAAAUCAGUAAUUGAAAUAUUGUAAUUAGUGAAAAUACUGAUACAGAUAUAUAAACAACUGAUAAUCAAAACCCGGGCAACGUUUGAAUACAUAUACGAAUGUGUAUAACAAAUAUCAUACACGUGACAAUCAUAGAAACUUAUUAAAGUAACUGACGCAAAUGAUGAAUUCUUAACAAUAAGAGAAGCGGGUAGAAAAAGUGGUGCGUGCAACAAACUUAUUGCUGAUUAUCUUCCGAAUACACUGUUGUAAAUAAGCUGUUUUAAUCAUUGUAAACGUAAGAUAAACUGUGAUCAUUAUGCUUUUAGAGCAAAGUAUCUCAAUGUUACAUUCCAUUAGGUCAUUGUCUGAUAAAAUGAGUUAUCAUUGUCUAACAAAAAGAGUUAUUUCGAUGUUCGAGAUUAUACAGAUCGUAGCUCUUUUUCGCGACUUUCAUCAAAGCAACACCAAGAGAUGUAGCAGAAAAACCACACUAUACUUAAUAGAGAGUACUGAAAAGAUGUAAAAGUUGUCCAGAACAGUUUUGGCAAUAUUACAAGGAUACACGUCGAUCAAUUUUAUUGAUAUAUGUUUGUUCAAAAUAUUUGUAUAUGUGCAACAUCCAAUAUAAAGGGUAAGGAAACGCUAGCCUAUUGUUGCAUGCCUCCCGAGACACUUUUAAGUAAUUCAUUUCCGGAGGUUAGGUAAAAUUCGAUGAGAAGUCUUUAUAGACAAAUGUCAUUACAUUUUAUGCGUGAAGAAUAUAAUGUUUAUAGACAGUUGUUUUAUGAAUGGCGUAAACACAUUAACUAUUAAAGCUACUGUAAAUAAUGCACAUAUAUAGACAAAAGAGUAAUGUAUAACCGUGCUUCAUCAGAUUUCCAGAUAUUUCAUUUCUUCAUUUUUAUGUCUAUUUCAGUUUGUCUAAAAUGCGCAUGCAUUAUACACACACCAAGGCAAUUUAAAGAUCAAUAAAUCGAGAACGUUUGCAUAUAUAAAUGGAUUUUUUUAAAAAAAGUAAAAUGCAUUUAAAUCAUUCAAAUUGUUUUCAUUUAUAAAUGUUUAUUCAGAUAUCACAUUUUAAGCUAUAUACUAGAAAUACAUAUUGCAUCAAUUUAUUAAGCGUUCAAUAAUGUUUCAUGGUAUCAAUUUAAAUACCAUAUCGAAAUUCCACUUCUUAUGUACACCAAAACUUCGUGGACUUUGUUGUGUAAAAUAUAUUUGAGAAAUUGAUUUGAAAUUUUUACACUGUAUGAAUUACAAAUAAACACAUAAAAAAUCA